GGAGUGAGGAGGGAGCUCACUCACACGCGCUUCUCCUGAUUCAGCGGAUCAGCGCUGCUCGUCACCUCUCCACCUCUGCAGCCUUUACGCAGCGUAAAGAGCUGCCGCAAACCCGCACCGGGACGAUCCCGGCUCUCUCCCGACUCCCACUGCGAGUUCACUGUUGUCCACCGAGACCGAGGACCUGUGAGACCUCUGAGCAGCAGCAGCAGGAGGAGGAGAAGGAGACAUCAGGCUGCGAUCCUUCACAGGAGACGAGCGUGUGAGAGAUGGAGCAGCCGGGGAGCGAGCACCGCACCGAGGACGCGCCCGUCAGGAAAAUGCGGGACAAAUAGAGCAGGAAGGAAAAAAAAAAAAAAAAAAAAGACAAAUAGAGAUCGGUUUCUGCCUUAGGAACCCCUUUACGGAAAACAGGGACAUGUUCACCAUGAUGGGAUAAGAUGCACAGGUCUGCUUGUCGCCAUGGAUACCAGCACGCGAAAAUUCACAGUGCGGAGAUGGUUUUCCAUCUACCUGAAGAGCAAAGCGGCACGAAGCAAGAACACCGCUGGAUUCUGCCAGCUGGAGGAUGACAGCGUACUGAAGGAGAUUGACAUCAGCCACCAUGUUAAGGAGGGCUGUGAGAAAGCAGACCCGUCUCAGUUCCAGCUUCUGAAGGUGCUGGGACAAGGCUCCUAUGGAAAGGUAUUCUUGGUCAGAAAGAUAAAAGGGGCGGACAGAGGACAGCUAUAUGCCAUGAAGGUCCUGAAAAAAGCCACGCUAAAAGUUCGGGAUCGUGUGCGAUCGAAGAUGGAAAGAGACAUCCUGGCUGAAGUGAACCACCCGUUUAUAGUUAAACUCCACUAUGCCUUCCAGACAGAAGGGAAGCUCUAUCUGAUCCUGGACUUCCUCAGAGGUGGAGACCUUUUCACUCGUCUGUCCAAGGAAGUAAUGUUUACAGAGGAGGAUGUAAAGUUUUACCUUGCAGAGCUGGCCCUGGCCUUGGACCAUCUACACAGCCUCGGGAUCAUCUACAGGGACCUCAAACCUGAAAAUAUCCUUCUCGAUGAGGAUGGACACAUUAAGAUUACUGACUUUGGACUUAGUAAGGAAUCCAUUGACAAUGACAAAAGAGCAUAUUCCUUCUGUGGAACAAUCGAGUACAUGGCUCCCGAGGUCGUAAACAGGAGAGGGCACACGCAAAGUGCUGACUGGUGGUCUUUUGGGGUACUUAUGUUUGAAAUGUUGACAGGAUCUUUGCCAUUCCAAGGAAAAGACCGGAAAGAAACAAUGGCUCUUAUUCUAAAGGCAAAGCUGGGAAUGCCGCAGUUCCUCAGUCCUGAAGUGCAGAGCCUACUAAGGGCACUCUUCAAGAGAAACCCUGCCAACCGACUGGGAGCUGGACCAGAAGGAGUUGAAGAAAUAAAAAGACACCGUUUCUUUGCAUCAAUCGACUGGAAUAAGUUGUACAGGAAGGAAAUGAGGCCUCCGUUCAAACCAGCUGUUGGAAGACCGGAAGACACUUUCCACUUCGACCCUGAGUUCACCUCCAGAACACCAACGGAUUCUCCAGGCCUCCCUCCGAGUGCAAACACACACCAGCUGUUUCGGGGUUUCAGCUUCGUGGCCACUAAUCAAAGUCAGGAGGCCAGUGUUGCCCCAGUAGCACCUUCUCGUCAGGAGGUGAACAUCAACCCCAUAGCACAGCAUAUCCGUGGUGAUGUGGCCUUCAAAGACAUAUACGAGCUGAAGGAAGAAGUCAAACAGACGGGAGCUUCAGUCCGGCGAAGAUGUCUGCACAGAAUUACUGCUGUGGAAUAUUCAGCGAAGAUAAUUGACAGAGCAAGAAAAGACCCGUCAGAGGAGAUAGAGAUUCUGCUGAGAUAUGGACAGCAUUCAAAUAUCAUAACAUUGCGAGAUGUGUUUGAUGAUGGCCAGUGUUUGUUCUUGGUUCAGGAUUUACUGAGAGGAGAUGAGCUGCUGGACAGAGCUCUGACGAUGCCAAAUUUUACCGAGCGAGAUGCGUCAGACAUCAUCUGCACGUUGACCAAAACUGUAGAAUAUUUACAUUCACAGGGGGUUGUGCAUCGAGACUUGAAGCCCAGUAACAUUCGCUAUGCAGAUGACAGUGGACUCGCAGAAUCCAUCAGGAUAUGUGAUUUUGGUUUCGCCAAACAGCUCAGGGCUGAAAAUGGCUUGUUGAUGACACCAUGUUACACAGCUACAUUCAUGGCUCCUGAGGUUCUGAGGAAGCAGGGGUAUGACGCAGCCUGUGACAUCUGGAGCCUCGGCAUCCUGCUCUACACAAUGAUAGCUGGUUUCAGCCCGUUUGCCAGCAGUGCGAAUGAUACCGCAGAUGAGAUUCUGGCUCAAAUCGGCAGUGGGAAGGUCUCCAUCACAGGAGGGAACUGGGACCUUGUGUCAGAUUCUGCUAAGGAUGUUGUGAUAAAGAUGCUUCACGUUGACCCUCACCAGAGGCUGACAGCCCCCCAGGUCCUUCGGCACCCCUGGAUUGCAGAGCGAGACAACCUCUCUAAAAACAUUCUGACCAGACAAGACCCACUCAUCGUCAAGGGGGCGCUGUCCGCCACGUACUCUGCUCUGAGGCGAUGUGCUCCUCCUCCAGUACUGGAGCCUGUGCAGUCAUCCAGCCUGGCUCAGCGGAGAGGGAUGAAGAAACUGGAGAGUCCAAAAAGCACUUCAGACCCUAAAGAAAAGGAAUAGAUUCAACAAUCUGACUGGAAGCCUAAAUUCAACUUCAGGGUUAAUUUAAGUCCAAUAUAAUUAAAGAAGAAGGACACUUUCUUUGAAAAGCACAAACCGUCCCUAAUUAACUCUAACAAUAAAGCAUCCCACUGGCACUGGAAUGAGGAUUGGUUAUGGUUCACUUAAUUAAUAUCGUAAAUGUUGAACACUUUAAUGAAUUUGGACUCACAAUGAGUGUCCUCAUAGAAAAUGUGACUCUAAAGAUGAUCCCAGUGCAGUAGUUUGAACAAAGAGGGUCUGAUUCAAACAUGAAAAGGCCUCUUUUGAUCCUUUGGGCUUUCCUCACUGUUCCUGCGGCCAUUUCAUGCUUAGGCUAAAGGUUGCCCUAUGUUCCAGUAGGCUACAACACUUAUUUAUCUAUACAGUAUUAUACUCCUCUUCUAAGUAUGACUAUCGCUCCCUUGUAACAGAAAAUGAAGCAAAGACAAGCACCUAUACAAUGAUCUUCUUCUUGGUCGUACUUUUGGGAGGACUGUUAAGCAAUAUACACUGUGCAAUAUACCUAGAUAAAGUGCUACUUGCCUUUUGAUUAUACAGUCUAUGGAGUAAAGACUGGAUGACAAAAUCACAGGAGUAAAACUGUAUUUAGUGCCACAAACAACAUGCAUAAUCAUCUACUUACAUUUAGCAAUACAUGUGUCAAGUAAAGUUCAUUUUAAGGCCAAACAUGGAUACACCAACACCAGUUAUGAUUCUACAACAUCUGGAGUAGUAUAACAUACACAUACAUAUGCAUAUGUUGAGAUGAGGCAGUGUUACUUAGUUAGAAUAUUUUUUCCUCUAGUUAAUCCUUGCCUUCUUCUACAGAGUUAAGCAGUAAAGAAAUGUAAAUAUCCUACCAAAGGGACUUUUAAUUAAGCCACUGACUUUUAUUGCUCAUUAUGUGCUUCAUAAUUUUAUUGUACGUAUGGUCAUAUUCUAUAAAUGCUGUGUUUUUCUCUUUAAAUGAUAAUAAGAAAUAAUACUGUACAUGCUGCAAGACCCAGAUCAAAUUUACCAGUGCUACGGUGAGAGGGGGGAAACACUGAAUGUAGUUUGUCAUAGCAUAUUUAAAAUAUUGACUUUCAAGUUGUCUUAAAGCUGGAGAGCAUCCAGCGGGUUUCUCAUGGUGUAAAUGUCACUCCUGUUAAAACUCUUCCGUAUAUGUGUUUUAUUAAGUCAGCACCAAGUGUGGUAUCUCGUUAUUCUCUGUGGCCUCCGGUGUGGCUACCAGCGGUCUGAAAGCCAAAAUGUUUGAGAACCACUGUGUCAAACGUUUGUAUGUACUGUCUGUUGCUACUGCCCUGGUUGUAUGUAAUAAGAUGUACAAUCACUAAUACGAGGUACAGUCGAAUAGACAUUAUGAGAUGCAGAUAUGAAUAGCAUUUGUGCUGUGUUAUGCAUUUGCAGUGUUGCACAGGUUCCCUGUAGGAAUGUUGAUUAUGAUGCGCUAUUGUUCAUACACACAUGUACCAAUCAGAGGUAAAACUAAACAAAAUGUAACCAGUAUGCUCUGUAGCAGAGAUACAGUAACUGUGCUCCUACCACGUUCACAGAUGCACAGCUUCUGUGUGUUGUAAUUGCAAAACUGUAACAAGUGUAGCUGGAACUGAUGCAAGUUUUAGGUAUGCAGAUGGGGCUGUAGAUUUUGUUUUGUACACUCCAUUUUGGAAGAGAAAGCUGUAUAUAUUUGCUAAAUAAGGAUGUACAUACGUUCAUGCAAAGCCAGCACUGAAGAGGUUUUAUGCAGAGCUGUCCAACUAUCUUCCGCCAGCAACGCUGUAUAUAUUGUCUUUGAAAAUAUAUUGAGACUGUACAUAUUUAAGAUGCGUUGGCCAUCCAUUGCUUAGAGUGCACAUAAUGUCUAUAUCUGGCCAAACAUUGAAAUAACUGGCUAAAAUGCCAAAGUUUUACAAAUAAAGAAAAUG